AUGGCAGGGAGUUGGGGCCUCGUCAAGCUGUUCGGGAAGACUAUUCCGGUGCCGGUGGAGGUGCAUAUACAGGCAGAUCCGUUCAAGGAAACCGGAGGCGGCAGUGGCGCCGGGGGAGAGAGAAGAGAAGCAGAAGACGAAGACGACGGCAGAAAGGUGAGAAUCUUCCUAAGAGAAGAGGUGACCGGCAGGGGUUUUCCUAGGCUUUUCCUCUUUGAGUUUCCUGCCGCCAAUUGCGGCUUCACCUUUGCUCGGAUGUCCGUCGGGGAAGUCCAUCGAUUUCGUUGAUUUUUAUGUGUUUAUUACCCGUGUUCAGGAUUUCCUCAAUAUUUCUCGAAAUGGCGGCUCCUUCUUUGCCGCCCCUUUCCUCUGUUCUCUGUCGGCUUGUCAUUUUUCGCGUGUCUCGGGUGGAGGGAUCGGAUUUCUUCAACGUUUUCCACCUGAGACUGCAGUUCCUCGACUCGUUUUCUUCGGAAUUCCUGUCAGAAUCUGAUGAGAACAUCCUUUCGAAUUCCAGCAUCUCUCGGUUCUUGCCGUGGAAUCGUCGGGAUCGGCAUCGGAAGGGAAGAACGAGCAGCGAUCUCCUUCCUCUCCCGUCAGGAGCCUCUCCGGCGGGGGAGAGAAGAACCCGAAGCCCGCGAAGCCGGAGAAGAUCCUCCCGUGCCCGCGGUGCAACAGCAUGGCCACCAAGUUCUGCUACUACAACAACUACAACCUCAACCAGCCCCGCCACUUCUGCAAGAACUGCCAGCGCUACUGGACAGCCGGCGGCACCAUGAGGAACGUCCCCGUCGGCGCCGGCCGCCGCAAGAACAAGCAUUCCGCGGCCUACUGCCGCCACAUCACCGUCGUAAAGGCCCCCCUAUCGCCGGAGGAGCACGCCCCCGUUUUCCCCGCGGAAGAAAAGUCAAAUUCCGCUGGCGGCGAUGGCUGGGGCGAAAACGCCCCCUGUUUCAGUGGGAAUCCAUGGGCUUACCCCAUUUCAGUCUACCCCAUGGCGGCCUACUGGAGCGUCCCCUGGAUGUCGCCGUCUUCUUCGCCGGGCCUGGGGAAGAAGCAUCCGCGACAGGGCGAGGCCGAACCAGAGAGGUGCCUCUGGUUCCCCAAGACUCUGAGGAUCGACGACCCCGUGGAGGCGGCCAAGAGCUCGAUAUGGGCGGCGAUGGGGCUCAGCAAGGACAUGGCCGGCAGAGGGGGCCUCUUCACAGGCUUCGAUCAGGCCAAGGACAACCCCAGCGCUACCAAGGCCGAAGCUUCCAAGGCUUUUCUCGCCAACCCGGCAGCUGUAUCUCGCUCUUUCAGCUUCCAGGAGAGCUCCCUCUUCGACUGA